AUGUUGAAUCUAGGUAUACCUAUAUCGAAGGAACAAGGAAGAUCUCUUUCUAGCGGGGAUAACAGUAGUCGAGAGCGUCCCUUUAGUGAUGAGGGUUCAUUUUAUUCGAAUGAUGAAUCAGAAUAUAUUAGUGAGAACAACAAUAACCAGUUGGCAGUAUCGCAAGGAAUGAAUGAAGGGAAUUUGUCAAAUCGUAGGAUUUCGCUUGAUAGAAGUGGUAAACAGGUAGAUUAUUCAGCAGAUAUUGAACCCUUAAAAUUUAGAAUGAGAAGGACCCCGGAUCUACAGAUUACUUCAAACCAAGAGCAGAAACAACAAUCAGAUUUGAGUACCCCAGUUCUGGCACCUGGGAAUGCUGUUACACGUAAAUCUAUUAUGCUCCCACCGGUAGAGCCAAAUCUACAUACUAUAAGCGUUAGUAAACCUAUUUUCGGAUCUAAUAAUACUACGUCCAGUUGGAACUUUAACUUUAUUGAUAAAGAACAGUUUGAAGAAUAUCUAAAAGAACCAAACUAUAUCAAAAUUUAUAAAAGACAUGAAGAUAUUAAUCAGUUUAAAAGAUUAUUUUUGGCCCAAGAAUUGAAAAUAACUGAUCCAAAUGCUAAUAUCAUCAAUAAAAAUAUUACCAAUAAUAAUCUGUUAUAUACUGAAACAAACAACACGUUUUUAAAUAAAGAUCAGACGGGGCCAUCACCAUCCUCAUCCUCUUUUUCAUCUGAGCCUAAUGGUAACGCUAACUUAGAUGCAUCAGAUAAAGCAAUUUGGUCGACGAAAUUUAGCCAUGAUGGUAAAUUUAUGGCAACAGGAAGCAAGGAUGGUAUCCUUCGGAUAUGGAAGGUAAUUAAUUCCCCAAUGGAAAGAUUAGAGUUGGAUUGUUAUCAAGAAUCGAAUCUAACGGCAAGAAGUAAAUCGUUAAGAAUUAGAGAUAAAAUGGAGAAAGAAUCGCCAUUACGACACUCAAUGGAUGCAUAUAUAAAUAAGAAAUAUCCGAAUAUGGCUGUAGAUGAAUCUAAUGAGUCAUUAAACUUAUAUGCCCCUGUCUUUAAUCCAUCUCCAUUUAAGAUUUUCAAGGAACAUACUGCUGACAUACUGGAUAUGGAUUGGUCAAAGAAUGGUUUUAUAUUGACUAGCUCAAUGGAUAAAAAAGCAAAACUCUGGCAUCCUAAUAGGGAAACAUCUUUACAAACCUUCUCUCAUCCUGAUUUCGUUACAUCUGUUAAAUUCCAUCCAGUUGAUGAUCGGUUUUUCUUAACGGGUUGUUUGGAUCAUAAAUGUAGAUUUUGGUCCAUUUUGGAAAAUUCAGUUGUCUAUGAAUUCAAUUGUUAUGAUUUAAUUACUUCUUUGACUUUAUCACCGGGGGAAGGUGAAUUCACAAUCGUGGGUACAUUUAAUGGUUACAUUCAUAUUUUAUUGACAACUGGUUUGAAACAUGUCUCAACAUUUCAUAUUACUGAGAAACAUUUCCAAAAUAGUAACAAUGUUAAUAGUUUUCACGAUUUUAAGUCAUUGAUGAAUAAGAAACGUGGGCCUCGUGUAACAGGUUUUCAAUGUUUUUAUCCUCCAAGUAGUGAUAGUACUGCAGGCAGUAAAAUUGACAAGAAUUUGAGAAUAUUGGUCUCUGCAAAUGAUUCAAGGUUAAGAAUAUUUGACCUUGAUCAGAAUAAAUUAUUAGAAGUCUUGAAGGGAUACCGUAGUGGUUUAUCUCAGCAUAAUGGACAAUUACUAAGGUGGGGCAAUGAGCAUAUAGUUAUUAACAGUAGUAAUGAUCAUUGGUUUUAUGCAUGGCGGUUAAAAUCAUCAAAGUUAUCUGAAAAAGGUUCGGUAACUACAAACAAUGAUAAGAACAAGAGUAGUAAAAAUAAGAACACGAAAAAUAAUCUCAAGCACAGCCUUAUACCCAGAAAGAUAAGUAAUUUUUUAAGUUCACACAAGGAUCAACCAAUAAAGAAUUCACAUUAUGUCGCCUUUCAUGCACAUCAUGAACCUGUAACUACAGCUACUAUUGCACCGCCUGAAACAGCAAAGACAUUGGCCUUAUCGAAUGAUUUUAUAUGUGAACUUUCUCUCCAGUAUAUGAAAAAUCAACAACAAGAGCUCGGGAAACGAUCGUUAAAAAGUGAAUCUUCAACUACCAACACUACAAUAUCAAGUAGAAAAUCGUCUGAUUUAACAUCUCAAUGCAAGAAUUCUAUACCAAGGAAACCUCAUUCCUCCUCUACCACCCAUGAAAGUUUACCUUCAGUUACAAGUAGCAGACCUACGACGGCGACAGGUGUACCGAACGUUGUUGAUAUAGUAGGUCCUAUCCUAGUGACUACAGACUCAGAAGGUAAUAUACGUGUAUUUAGGACUGACCUUGGACGACAGGUACGUGAAAAAGUAUUAGAAAGUUUGCACCUAGAGAAAAAGAGAGAAAGAGAAAGUAUUCACAAGCCUGCAAUAGAUAGUUCAUUGACAUUAACGAAUAUGAAUCAACCAGAUGUUUCUAGUAAAUGUACAUCGAGUAAUGUAAUUGUAGCACCUUCUCUCAAUCCAUUAAUUAAAGUUAUCUCUGCAGGUGAUUCGGAGCCCAAUCUAAGACCUUUGACUAAAGAUACUGCGACUAGUAAUAAUAGUAAAGGGGUAAGAAGAGCUAGCACUGGUGGGUCUACAAGGCCAAAUUUGUUAAAUAUAAACUCCACAAUCAAUGGGUCAAUGAAUAGUUUAAAUUCAUCCCUCCGUCAACGAAUGCCCAGUAUUUCAUCAUCCAUUGGAUCCGAAAGUGCACGUAGCAAUUUACAAAGAUCAAAUGAUCUUGUCGCUGGCAAUUCCGUACAAUUUAAAUGUGAAGUUUGCGAAGGGAGAAGAUUUGAACCUAUAUCUAAUAAACUUGGGCAAAGAGAAAAUGGAUAUUAUUGUCUUGAUUGUGGAAACAUAUUAAAUAACUUUAGGUGA